AUGACCACUGCUACGGUUCAGGACAUCGGGUAUGCGUUCCUCAAGACGUACUACCAGCGAAUGCACACGGAUCCCUCGAAGCUGUUUCACCUGUACUCCAGUACCGCAGAGCUGACGCAUGUGAACUACCAGGGAGGGCUGAGUCCGACUGCGGACAUUCUGCCAACGGUGAAGGUGAUUGGCAAGGAGAACAUCAGCAAGUUCUACAGCCGCAAUAACAAGGUGGUGCAGGACGUCCGUGUGAAGAUUGAUGCGUGUGACUUCCAGUCCACAGGCGCGGGUAACAACGGCAUUCUAAUUCUGGCUCUGGGAGAGAUAUGCUGGAGCAACACUCCGACAUACCGCUUCUGCCAGACUUUUGUCUUGACCCCCGUGGGCAAUAAUAAUAAAAUGUACGAUGUGACCAACGACAUCAUGCGGUUUAUACCUGACGUGAUCAGAGAGGAGUUACUGGGCGCUGCAUUCAGCCAGGGGGCAGACAAGAAGGUAGCAUCUAAAGCGGCGGCAUCUGAAGAGGUGUCUAUGAAGGGGGCAGUAUCUAAGGAAGCCAGCGAAGAAGCCGCUCCAAAAGAGUUGACCGCUAAAGAACCACUCACCGAAGCGACUGCCAAGGAAUUGGCGUCCAAGGAUGUUGCGGGCAAGGAAGCUGCUGCCAAAGACAUAGCUGUUAAGGAGACCGCCGGGAAGGAUUCCGUAAAUCAUGCGAAGGAUUUUGCCCGGGAAGUCGUACGUGAACAUCAAGGCAAGGAUCAGUCACACCGCGAGCAAGCGAAGGCAUCUAGGGAAACGGCGAACAGAGAAGCAGCUAAAGAGAAUGUCGGGAAGCCUACAGUCACCGCAACUGAAGAAGACGGGAAAAAGGACCGUAGGAGAGAGCAUAGAAGGGACGAAAAGAAGGAGGAUUUUAAGGAAGCCCGGAAGGAGCAUGGUGCUGACAAAAAGGAAGUGUUUGAUUCUGGAAAGGCACACAAGGAAGAGCAACUUCCAGAGCGCGAGCCAACCAAAUCUGCGGUCGCCGAUUCAUCCUCGUCGGAUAUCUCGAGGGAGCAUUCCAAGCCUAAAGAUGAUAUCAAACCGGACGAGAAAAAGCAUACCACACAUUCAGAACACGAGGUUCCGAAAAAGAUGAGCUGGGCUUCCCAGUUGACUAAUUCUGACUCAAAAGCAGUUCCCAACGUUGUUACCAACUACACACGCGUACCACCGGAACACACUAGAACGCCCGACAGGAAAACUCCAUCACCAAACGGUAACGGGCCCAAGGCCGGAAACAAGAAGUUGAAGCAUGUUAGUGUACCUAACAAGGACGGGUACUAUCCGAUUUACAUCCGUAACACUGGGGGAGUAACAAACAAAGAUUUGACGGAUGCUCUAGAGCGUGAGUUCGGCGUGGUAAAAAAGAUCUCUGCAUCUGAGUCUUUCGCUGUUGUCGACUUCGAGGACCCACAGUGCCAGCAAGAUGCCAUUAGAAUGCACACCCUAAAAAUCAAUAACCAAACUGUGUUCAUGGAGCCUAAAACCGAGAAAAAGCGUGGCCCCAUUGCAUCGCUCAGUUCCACAUCACCUACAUUGGCGAAUGGAAACCGUUCGAACAAAAAGCAUUCAAACAGAAGGAAAGAUUAG